GACGACGUCGAGGCGCGUGAUCGUCUCUCCCCCACCGUUAGGAAACGCGGCCAGGGAACCAAUCGGAGCCGCGCUUCCGGCUACGGUGACGGCCCAAUGGGCGAACACCGGCCACGGAUAGACGCUGACGAUCGCUGAUUUUGACAGUCGACACACGACUACGAUAGUAGUACACCGUAGUGCCGCCUUGUCGCUCGCUGCCUUCCAUUCUUCUCCCGGCCGCCUGGAUCGGAGAGGAAACGCAACUUUCGACGAAUCGGUUCGAAUCGGUUCGAAAAAGCUCCGCGUUUUUUUUCUUUUUUUCCCUUUUUUUUUAGAAACUCGGUCCGUCCGCCCGUCCGUCCGUCCGUCUGUGAAAAAUUCAUGUUUCUUUCGGGACUCGCACGCGCACGAACGGAGGAGGAGGACAGGAGGAUUUUUAAUCCCGGUGUGGUUCGAUAGGCUCGAUCAUCGAUUUCUUCGUAUUCACCGUUGCACUCGUGCAUUCGAUUAAUCGCUGGUGGACGGUUUAAGUUUUGUCAAAGGGGGAGAGAGAGAGGAAGAAGGAAGAGGGUGGCACGAAUCACCGAGACCCGGUCACGUGGCCGCCGAUGAUUGUUUACAGGGAUUGACGGUGAUCUCGAUGAAGGCAAUCCCGGAGAAGAGGGAUUCGUUCGUUUGUCGAUCGAUUAUAUAUUCCGGAACUAGUGGUCGAGAACGAGUCGUUCGCCGAUCUUCGAAUAUAAAAGGAUCUUCCUAAAAAGUUAAGCUGGAGGAGGAUAAUCAAUCCGGCUCAUCCUCUGUCCGAUUCUCUCCCUCUCUUCCCGGAUUCUCUGUGACAAGUGACGAAAGACUAAAUUAAAAUUAAAAUUAAACUUACGAGCUCAGAUGCGGAGACAGGUCGAGACAGUGAUCGAGGAGCCUCGGUAGCGCGCCUCCUUUCUUUAUCUCCUUGUCAGUCAGACCGAAAACAGUGUUGUUACGAUCGAAAAUCGAGCUCGUUAAACCUGGACCCACGUCGUAUAACUUGAAAAACUCGUCGAGAGUAAAAAUUGAAAGGUGUCUCCGGGGAGGAAAUUUCGCCGAAAGGAUUUUCGCGGGAAAGGAUUUUCGAGGAGCGAGUGAGUGAAAAGUAGCGAUCCCUGGAACUGGUGGAAGAGGGGAAGGGAAGAGGUGUACUUAAAUGCUCGCGUGAAACCGGAAACCGGAUGAGCUGCGCUAUGGAGUACCAGCAAUUGGCGCCACCGCCGGUACCGGGCGUGCUGCACCAAGCGCAUCAUCAACAGCAUCAACAGCAGCCGGUGCAACCGCCCCAUCCUCACAUCGUGGUCGCGCCUGCGCACCAGCAACAACCCCAACAACCACCGCCACCACCGUUACCGCCCACCUCGCACGGCCAUCAGGUGCACGCGCCACUUCCGCCCAUCCACGAGGACAGCACCAGCUCGCGUUGGAGCCAAUACCAGCAUCUCUGGAGGCAGCACCACGUCUACGUCAAUGGAAAACAAGGCAAAGAUGGACCGGAAGAGAAAAAGGACGCUGAUGGAGAAUUAUGGGGCAACGUGGAAGCGCAGGCCGCCUUCCUCGGCCCAAAUCUAUGGGACAAAACUUUGCCCUAUGAUGCCGACCUGAAGGUAUUGAACCAUUACGUCGAUCUCGACGAGUUUCUCUCCGAGAACGGUAUUCCCGUGGAUGGAGUGGCCGGCGGCGGACAAGGGACGAUGCAGAGCGGACAACUGCACAAAAUGAACAACACCGAAACACCAGGACACCAAGGUCCAGCCGGCCUCCACUUAGAGCCGGUCACCAAACGCGAGAGAUCACCCUCGCCGAGCGAGUGUUGCUCACCCGACACUAUGAACCCUCCCUCGCCCGCGGAUUCCACGCUCUCGAUGGCCUCAUCGGGGCGAGACUUCGAUCCACGCACCCGGGCCUUCUCCGACGAGGAGCUGAAACCCCAACCGAUGAUCAAGAAAUCACGGAAGCAGUUCGUUCCGGAUGACCUGAAGGAUGACAAAUACUGGGCGCGUCGUAGGAAGAAUAACAUGGCAGCGAAACGAUCACGGGAUGCACGUCGCAUGAAGGAGAACCAGAUCGCUCUCAGGGCCGGCUUCCUCGAGAAAGAAAAUAUGGGUCUACGACAGGAACUGGACCGGUUAAAGAACGAGAACAUGCUGCUGCGUGACAAGCUGAGCAAAUACACGGACGUCUAACAGUGCGCCGGGCAAGCAACAGCUCGUCGUGGUAUUAAAAAAGAUGCAAACACGAGCGUUUGUUGUGCCAGCUCCUCCCACACACUAUAGUCGCAGCACUUAGGUUUUUCGCCAGUUCGGAUGAAAGAAGAGUUAAAAAGAAAAAAAAAAAAAAGAAAAAAAACGAAAAAAAAGAAGAAGAAGAAGAAGAAGAAGAAAAGAAAGGAGCGCGCCGAAUCGCAAGACCAUCCUCGACGAAUUCGAAAAAACUUACCCCUCCUCCCUUUUUCCCUAGACAAUCCCUAGACGAUGAUAUUCCUUCGACGAAACUUCUGCUAUUCACACCACAUCUUUUUGCUCUUCUUUUCUUCUCCCUUCAUACGCUCACAUACACAGACACACGUAUAUUUCUUUUAAUCCGUACCCUCUUCUCGGUUCCCCUUUUUCCCCCCAGUGCUCCUUUCUCCCUUCGAAAUUCACCUUAUCCCUCAAAAAAAAAAAAUGUACAUAGUUAUAUGUAUAGUUAGAUUAUAUAUAUAUAUGUAUACAUGCGCGCGCGCGCGUACAUACACGGCCGUGUGUAUGUCUGUGUCUGUAAAAGUAUGACUCUGUGCGCGCGUGUACCACGCGCGACCGCAUGCACACGUGUAUGUAUUUAUAUAUACGCGUAUUAUUACAUACCAAGAGGUGUAUAGUCGGGUAUAUUAACUUCGCUGCAACGCAUUAUCAAGCAUUAUAUGUAUACACAUAUAUACAAGAAACGCGUUACGUAUAUAUCUAUAUACAUAAAAAAAAAAAAAAGGAGACAUACGCAUACACGUAUACACGCGGAGCAGCAGACCGUGAAUUAGUUUAGUGUGCGUGCCAGAUGAAUAAUGUAUAAACAACAUGUGUACAGGUAUUCACCACGAGACACUUGGAAACUUUUCCUUUUACGCGAAGCAUGUUAAUCAGUCAAGUGAACGCUUUCAAUCGAACGUAUCGUAAGGAGAUUUAAUGAUGAAAUGGACUCUCUGAUGCCUCUCGAAGGGAUGACAAAUUGUUAAUUUGUCGAAAGGAAUUAGGUUAAUUUGUUAACUAGAGACAUUUGAAUUAUCAAUGUUUUGAAUGUAAUAGUAAUAUGUAUAAUAUCUCUUCUUUACCUUUUAACGAAUCGUUAUAUUUUUAUUAAAAAACGCGUUAUAUUAUUUAUAUUAUUCAUAAAGAACCCACCUGAAGUUAGUUCUAAGAGAUUUUCUUUUAAGCGAAUGAGGUAACAAGUUUCCCCUUGAAUAUUUUCCGGUGGAAAAUAUUGAAGGAAAAGCGAUUAUAUAUGGUAUUAUAUCCGUAAAAAGUGUCUCAACUGUACCAAAAACAUCUGGCAUCUACGCGAUAACUGCCUCAUAAACUGAGCUGGAGCUAAUUAGGAUAAUACAUAAGUGAAAGAAAUGUACGAAGCACAGACAGGCGCGCGUAUGAAUGAUCAAUAGUUGGAAAAAAAAAAAAAAAAUGGUCGCAAACGGUCCUUACGCGGCUAUUUAAAUCACGCGCUGACUCUCGAGCUUCUGUUUGGUUCUUGUACAAUGCGGCCCUCAGGAUCUGAUUGCGGAUAAAUUCUUGAUUCAACGUUUUUCUCGUUAAUUUGACAUUUUUUUUUUUUUUUUCUUGAACAGCGCUAAAAAUUUUAAGAUUUUUCUCAACGACGUCUGAUCAAGUACAAUAACUAGCAUUAUUGUACCUCGACAUGGUCUUGAAACAUGUCAUGAGUUGAAGAUUGUCCAGUGAAUAUCGAUUGUAACAUUUUUCUAAUUUUAAUAUCGGAGAAUUAAGAGAAGAGCGGGAAAGGAAAGAAUUAUCCGUAAUCGGUAAUUUGUUAAGAAAAAGAAGAAUGAGGAAGAAAAAAGGAUAAAUUAAGAACGAAAGAUAUUUGGGAGAACGACGCUUUUCUGCGCACGGACUAGGUCCUAGUUCUCUAAGAAACGUUAAUUACUGUAGCGUAUCCCACAAGUGGUGAUGGUACACACACAAGUGAUUCUAGUUGUUUUUAUCGUAAGGUAGAGAUCAAGUGCUUCUUUUUUUUUCAUACAUAACGUUUUAAUCUCUCUCUUCUCUCUGUAGCGUUUCGUUUUUUCGGCGCUCGAUUGUAUGCCAGUUGAUAAAUCGCUCGAAGGGCUACACGAUGUCUCGAGUACGGGGAAAGCGUCGCGACGCAUCUUUUAUUAUCGUUUUAUCGUGUUUCGACAACGGUUGAUGGCUCGUCGAACAAUGGAUUUUCAUUAUCUUUUUGUUUCUUUCUUUUUUUUAUGUUUCUUGUUACUUGUAAAUAUUUUUAAUAUCUAUGACUAUUAAUUUUUUAUUAAUUACUAUUAGUUUUUUCUUAUUGCAAGAUACAAUUGCAUAAAUCAAAAUUCUAAAAAAUUAUAAUAUAAUAAUCAUAAUCAUUUUUUAAAAUAUUAAAAAUACUUUUUUUAUUGCUAAAAAAAAAAGAAAUCGAAAUUACAAGUUCCAUUGUUAAUGACGCCACGACAAGGGUUACUUACGUAAAUGAUCAUUGAAGUAAAUUAUGCAUUAAGAGGGCUCCCCUUACAGGACAAGAACAAAUAAUGUAUAUCUCUGUUCGUAGUUGCUUCCUCUUGUCUGACAAAGAAAAAAAAAGAGAAAUUCUGAAUAAAAAAGUUAAUCAUGAGCAAAGCCCACUCAUGCGCCUUUCAUGGAUAAUACAUAUGCGACUAAUAUUUUAUGUACUGUUGGUGCGCUAAAUAAUAAGCGAUUCUGCUCGUUGCAACGCUCAGUGACAAUAAUCAAGUAUAAUUAUUAUAUACACAUGUUUUUUAGCACUUUUUGCGAUGUGAAAUCGGCAUUAAAAGUAUAUUCCCGGUAAAACUUUUUAUAUUGCGCCUAUUAUUCAUUUAUAUUGUUGAUUUAUUAUUUUAUUAUUUUUUAAUUGGUUUUUUUUUAACCCGUGACAACACGAAUUCUUGAAGAGCUUAUAAUAUAUAUAUAAUAUAUAUAUAUAUAUAUGAUACAUUAUUAUCAUACAUACGUAUAUAUUUGUAGACAUAUAAAAAAAAAAAAAUUAAUUUUAUAGAAAGCUUUGUUAAUGACAGAUUCGCUUUUAAACCGCCAGUUUUUUUAUACAGCAAUUGUGUUUUAGUUAAAAUAUAUACAUUCUGUACAUUUGUUUCUUUACUUUUGUAACCAUGCGUUGAAACUUUAUAGAAUCAACCGUGCUUUACAAUUGUAAAUUUUAGUUGGAUACAAAAUCUAUGUAUGAUUAAUCGUGUCGACAUUAUAAAAAUUGUUUUAUGCCUUGUUAUCAUAUUAUAUAUAUAUAUAUAUAUAUAUAUUUUUUUUUUCUUUUUUUCGCCGAGAUUUUAUGCACGUUGUAUAAUAUGAAAUUUUUGUGUAGUGUAUACGCGGGUAAAUCUCGUACUGCAAAAAGAAAUUGCACGUAAAUUGCUUCUUCAACUUAGACUCAUAAUUCGAUCAUAGUAAAAGACGACUAGAGAAUUUGUUUAAACAUAUACAUUUUAACUUAACUGCGAAAAAAAAUUAAAAACAAAAGUAAAAAAAAAAAAAUGAUUCGUAAAUAUUGCAAACGCAAUGCAUUAUAAACUCCAUGCAUAAAAAAAAAAUAUGAUAAAAUUAGAUAUGAUAUGGAUUAACGAAACAAUACAAUGCAUGGUGCAUUUUCGCAUUCAUUGUUCAAUCAUACAUGAAAUAUGUCGCUUUUGGCAUGCAGCCUAAUUAACUAAAACAUAAACAAAACUCAUUAGAUUAUAAUAGAUACAUCGAAGGCUAUUUAAUAUUGUGAAUAAUGGGCAGAAAUUCGAUUUACACGCGCGAACAAAAAAAUCUUUUGUAAUCUUUUCAUAAUCGCGAUUGAUAUUAUCUAGAGAAAUUGCCAACAAAGCCAAGCAUUUUUUCUUUUCCUAUUAUUAUAAUUUUUGCGUUGACAGUCGUCCGAUGAUGUAAAAAGAAAGCAAGGAAAUCGAGAAAGAAACAGACAUACUGUUUCUCGAAGAUUGAUAUUUGUAUAAGUACCUUCUAGUACAAGUUGCUAUUAAUUAAACUACGUCGUAGCUUUCUAAGGCCGGUCUUGGAUCUCGGCACAAUUUUCAAACAAUGACAAAACGAGGAAGCGCAAUAGUGUUUGUUGGUUAUCUAAACAAAAAUAAAAAAAAAAUCAGAUGCACGUGCACAAUCAUGUGCGCGGUAUACUGCAGUCCAAGGAUAGUUUAUAAAAUAAAAAGAAAAAAAAAUAAAGAGAAAAAAAUGUCGUAAAGGAGAAAUCGUAGAAAAAAAUUAGAGAACACGGUAGACACAACUGACAGCUUUGCUCCAAUUAGAAUUUAACGACAAUGACAAAAUGAAAAAAAAAAAAAAAUGAAAAAUUAAAAAAAAGCAACACAAUGGAAAAAGUUUAAGUGACGUUAUCGCGUCCAUUUAAUGACCAUCCGAUCCAUUUGAAACGAAAAUAUGAAAAAAACAGUACACGCGAGAAUUAAAAUACGACCACCAACAUCAAAGUGUAUCACAUUUCGAGAAAUAUAUGUAUUUGUUAUUGUUUUCAUUGAA